AUGUGGAACAUACGCGAGAAAGAAAAACAAACCGUCGACAAACUAAAGCGCAAUGAUACUACAAGUCUCAAUAUUACAAGCAACAAUUUAUCGUCGGAAGGGGCUAUAGCAGUUGCAGAUGCCUUGAAAACCAACUCCACAUUAACAAGUCUCGAUAUUGGAAAUAACAAUAUAUCGUCUGAAGGAGGCAAAGCAGUUGGAGAAGCAUUGAAAAUCAAUUCUACAUUAACAAGUCUUAAUAUUCGAAACAACAAUAUAUCGGAUGAAGGGGCCAAAGCAAUUGCAGAUGCCCUGAAAAUAAACCCAACAUUAACAAGUCUUAAUAUUGAAAAGAACAAUAUAUCGGAUGAAGGGGCCAAAGCAAUUGCAGAUGCCUUGACAAUAAACUCAACAUUAACAAGCCUUUAUAUGGGGUGGAACGAUAUGUCGGAUAAAGGGGUGAAAGCAGUUGGAGAAGCAUUGAAAAUAAAUUCAACAUUAACAAAUGUUGACAUUGGAAGAAGCAGGACAUCGGAUGAAGGAGCGAAAGCAGUGGCCGACGCACUGAAAAUAAACUCAACGUUAACAAGUCUCAAGAUAUACUUGAACAAUAUAUCAGACGAAGGAGCCAAAGCAAUCGCAGAUGCUUUGAAAAUAAACUCAACAUUAACACGUCUUACUAUUCGAAACAACGAUAUAUCGACUGAAGGAGCUAAAGCAAUUGCAGAGGCAUUGAAAAUAAACUCAACAUUAACAGGUCUUAAUAUUGGAAGCAACGAUAUAUCGAUCGAAGGAGCCAAAGCAGUUGGUGAAGCAUUGAAAAAAAACUCAAGGUUAACUAGUCUCAAUAUGAACCACGACUAUAUAUCAGAUGAGGGGGCUAAAGCAGUUGCAGAUGCCUUGAAAAUAAACUCAACGCUAACAAAUCUUAAUAUGGGAUACAACGGUAUAUCGUCUGAAGGAGGCAAAGCAGUUGCAGAUGCCUUGAAAAUAAAUUCCACGUUAACAAGUCUUAAUAUUGAGUACAACAAUAUAUCGUCUGAAGGAGCCAAGGCAAUUGGAGAAGCCUUGAAAAUAAACUCAACAUUAACAAGUCUGAAUAUUGAAAAGAACAAUAUAUCCGAUGAAGGAGCUAAAGAAAUUGCCGAAGCAUUGAUCUUAAACCCAACAUUAACAACUCUAAAUUUGAAUUUCAACUAUAUAUCAGAUGAAGGGAUCAAAACAGUUGCAGAUGCCUUGAAAAUGAACUCAACAUUAACGAGUCUUAGUAUUAGAAACAAUCAUAUAUCAAACGUAGGGGCGGAAGCAGUGGGAGAAGCAUUAAAAAUAAACUCAACGUUAACAAGCCUUCAUAUGGGGUGGAACGAUAUAUCGGAUGAAGGUGUGAAAGCAGUUGCAGAAGCAUUGAAAAUAAACUCCACAAUAACAAGUGUUGAUAUUGAAAGAAGCAGUACAUCGGAUGAAGGAGCGAAAGCCAUUGCAGAAGCAUUAAAAGUAAACUCAGCAUUAACAAGUCUUACUAUUGGAAACAACAAUGUAUCAGAUGAAGGGGCGAAAGCAGUUGGAGAAGCAUUAAAAACAAACUCAACAUUAACAAGUCUUAAUAUUGAGGAGAACAACAUAUCGGAUGAAGGGGUCAAAGGAGUUGCCGAAGCAUUGAAAACAAACUCAACAUUAACAAGCCUCAAUAUGAACUACAACUAUAUAACAGAUGAAGGAGCCAAAGCAAUUGAAGAAGCAUUGAAAAUAAACACAACAUUAACAAGUUUGGAUAUUCAAUACAACUAUAAAAGACCCAAAGCAGGAAAGUGUUAA